AUGAGCAAGUUUAGACUGGAUGCUUCAUCCAGGUCUCCUACUACCACUGCUUCUGUGUCAGCAACAGCAGCUCCAAGGACAGUUCGUGUGACAAUACAGAUACCUGUUGUAAUGACACCAUUGAGUCAGAAAAUUUCAACUGUGGCAGUUCAGUCAGUUAAUGCAGGUGCACCAUUAAUAACCAGCACUAGUCCAACAACAGCGACCUCUCCAAAGGUAGUCAUUCAGACAAUCCCUACUGUGAUGCCAGCUCCUACUGAAAAUGGAGACAAAAUCACCAUGCAGCCUGCCAAAAUUGUCACCAUCCCAGCUACACAGCUUGCACAGUGUCAACUGCAGACAAAGUCAAAUUUGACUGGAUCAGGAAGCAUUAACAUUGUUGGAACCCCACUGGCUGUGAGAGCACUUACUCCUGUUUCAAUAGCCCAUGGUACACCUGUAAUGAGACUAUCAAUGCCUACUCAGCAGGCAUCUGGCCAGACUCCUCCUCGAGUUAUCAGUGCAGUCAUAAAGGGGCCAGAGGUUAAAUCGGAAGCAGUGGCCAAAAAGCAAGAACAUGAUGUGAAAACUUUGCAGCUAGUAGAAGAAAAACCGGCAGAUGGAAAUAAGACAGUGACCCACGUAGUGGCUGUCAGUGCGCCUUCAGCUAUUGCCCUUCCUGUAACUAUGAAAACAGAAGGACUAGUGACAUGUGAGAAAUAAAAUAGCAGCUCCACCAUGGACUUCAGGCUGUUAGUGGCAGUACUGACAUAAACAUUUGCAAGAGAAGUCAUCAAGAAAAGUCAAACAAGACUUUAAAACAUUUUUAAUGCAUAUACGAAAACAAUCAAACUUACUGGAAACAAAUUACCUAUCCCAUGUUUCAGUGGGAAAUGAACUACACAUUGAGAUGCUGACAGAAAACUGCCUCUUACAGUAGGAAACAACUGAACCCAUCAAUAAGAAAAAGGAUUGAAAGGGACCAAGCAGCUCACUACAAUAUCAAGUUACACUAAGACUUGGAACACUAACAUUCUGUAAGAGGUUAUAUAGUUUUCAGUGGGAGGGGUUGGGAUGGGUAAUCUCAUUGUUACAUAUAGCAAUUUUUGAUGCAUUUUUUAUGCAUACCAGCAAUUAUUACUGUGUUUGCACAGUUCUCACUUAACUGGUGCUAUGUGAAGACUCUGCUAAUAUAGGUAUUUUAGAAUGUGAAUUGAAGAAUGGAUCCCAAAAACUUCGGAA